GUACACACUUGAUAAUUUUGGUGUGUAAACACUGAUCUUUCUGUUUAGCACGUGGAAAAAUAACGCGCUCUGCCUUCCCGUGAAAUAUAAUAAUAUUUUGAUUAUUUGACGGCAUAUUAUCGUCUUAAAUAUGUCGAGUCUGUACGUGCUUUAUGAGCAUGCGGCAGGCUAUUCGCUAUUCUCCGUUAAGGAGUUCGAAGAGGUGUCCAUGUUCCUACCGCAAGUCGAGUCCUCCGUCACGGACAUUUCGAAGUUUAAUUCGAUUAUAAAACUGGCGGGAUUUGCGCCGUUUAAGACGGCAAUUGCUGCACUUGAGAACAUAAAUGCCAUAUCCGAAGGCAUUGUACCGCAGGAUUUACUGCAUUUCCUUGAUGAUUUCUUUGCCAAGCUAAAGAAGAAGAAGUGCACCCUAGGCAUUGCGGAUGCCAAGUUGGGUGCUGCCAUUACAGAAUCCAUUGGCGUGGCGUGUAGCCACUUUGGUGUCGUGCCCGAAAUAUUGCGAGGCAUACGCUUCCACUUCGCCAAGCUGAUCAAAGGCUUUACUGACAAGUCAGCUGGAGUAGCACAACUGGGUCUGGGACACAGCUACUCCCGUGCCAAGGUCAAGUUCAAUGUUAAUCGAUCAGACAAUAUGAUUAUUCAGUCGAUCGCGCUGCUGGAUCAGCUGGACAAGGAUGUAAAUACUUUCUCUAUGCGGAUACGCGAAUGGUACUCUUACCACUUCCCAGAACUGGUGAAAAUUGUCCCAGACAACUAUAUGUUUGCCAAGGCCGCCAAAUUUAUUAAAGACCGCAAGGAUCUAACUCAGGACAAACUUGAAGAUCUUGAGCAGAUUGUUAUGGACUCUGCCAAGGCUCAGGCUAUAAUCGAUGCCGGAAAAAUGUCCAUGGGUAUGGAUAUAUCUAUUGUGGAUCUGAUGAACAUUGAGCUCUUUGCCGAGCGUGUCGUCAAACUUUCUGAGUAUCGUAAGAAGCUUUCCACAUAUUUGCACAACAAAAUGAACCUGGUUGCACCGAAUCUUCAGUCGCUCAUAGGCGAUCAGGUGGGUGCCCGCCUUAUUUCACACGCCGGCAGCUUGACAAAUUUGGCAAAGUAUCCCGCGUCGACAGUACAAAUCUUGGGCGCUGAGAAGGCACUUUUCCGUGCGCUUAAGACGCGCUCAAACACUCCGAAAUAUGGUUUAAUCUAUCAUUCGUCGUUCAUUGGACGUGCAGGGCUCAAGAAUAAGGGACGCAUCUCGCGUUUUCUGGCCAACAAAUGCUCGAUUGCCUCACGUAUCGAUUGCUUCCUGGAGCAGCCUACUAGCGUCUUUGGCGAAACACUAAAACAACAAGUGGAAGAUCGCCUGAAGUUCUACGAGUCGGGUGCUGUGCCGCGCAAGAACAUUGAGGUCAUGAAGGAGGCCAUCGAGGCGGCUGGCCAAGAAAUCACAGAUGUUCCACAGUCCGAGAAAAAGAAGAACAAGAAGAAGAAACGUCAAGCAGAUGCAGAUACAAAUGGUACCACUAAUGGAAAUGGUACAGCCGCAGCCGGCGAGGAAGCCGAUAAUGGCAAUGCUGAGGCUGACGGUGAGCCCAAGAAGAAGAAAAAGAAGAAGAACAAGAACAAGCAAGCCGUGGAGGCGUAAUGACGUAUAUGCACAUACGGUAUUCCACCCUUUGCUAAGUUCUUUAGUCUUAAGUUGAAAAUCUAUUAUUUUACUUACAAAUCUUUUCUGUAUUUCAUGAUACCCCAGCUAAAUAAACAAUCAAAUU